CCGGGCUCACGCACCGAACUCCCUCAUCAACCAGACCCCGCCCCAACCUCCCAUUGUAACCUGGCCCCGCCCCCUGACCUCCCUGAGGAACUCGCGCUCUCCCCGUUUUCCUCUCCACCCGGAAGCAGUUGUGGCCGUUUGUGACCUUCCCUUGGACUCUCGGAAGGGUCGCCGCCGCCAGUCAAAUUCAAAUGUGGAAAAGGGGAAAGCCUUGACGAGAAGGCAAAGGAAGGCGCUGUUGGGACAGGGCAGCGAUCCAGCCAGGCUAGGAGCCGCUCGGCCGCCGUGUUGGUGGCGGAGAGGGUGGGGGCGGAUUGAAGAUGUUCGCUAAACGGAAAGCGGUGCUGCCCGCUCUCACCAUCACAACCACCGUCGGCGAAGGAGCGUCUCCAACCAGGGAGGACAACGCCGAAGCUAACCUAGAAGCCCUGCAAAAGAAGUUGGAGGAGCUUGAGCUUGAUGAGCAGCAGAAAAAGAGACUUGAAGCCUUUCUUACCCAGAAAGCCAAAGUAGGGGAACUGAAAGAUGACGAUUUUGAUAAAAUAUGUGAGCUGGGUGCUGGCAACGGUGGUGUUGUUACCAAAGUGCGUCAUAAGCCAUCAGGACUUAUUAUGGCAAGAAAGCUGAUUCAUUUAGAAAUAAAGCCUGCUAUACGCAAUCAAAUCAUCCGAGAACUCCAAGUAUUACAUGAGUGUAAUUCACCGUACAUUGUAGGCUUCUAUGGAGCGUUUUACAGCGAUGGGGAAAUCAGUAUAUGCAUGGAACACAUGGAUGGUGGCUCUCUAGACCAAGUCCUGAAGGAAGCUGGUAGAAUUCCAGAGGAAAUCCUGGGAAAAGUCAGCAUAGCGGUCCUGAGGGGUUUGGCCUAUUUGAGAGAGAAGCAUCAAAUCAUGCACAGAGAUGUGAAACCAUCCAACAUCUUGGUAAAUUCUCGUGGUGAGAUAAAACUCUGUGAUUUUGGAGUAAGUGGUCAGCUGAUUGACUCAAUGGCAAACUCCUUUGUGGGAACUCGCUCUUACAUGUCUCCAGAGAGAUUGCAAGGCACCCAUUAUUCUGUACAGUCUGAUAUCUGGAGUAUGGGGCUUUCCUUGGUAGAGCUGGCAAUUGGUAGAUAUCCCAUUCCCCCUCCUGAUGGGAGGGAGCUGGAGGCCAUUUUUCAAUGCCCGUUGAUGGAUGGAAUGGGAGGAGAAUCGCACAGCACUUCACCCAGGGCGAGAGCCCCAGGGCGCCCCAUCAGUGGACAUGGGAUGGACAAUCGGCCAGCCAUGGCUAUCUUUGAACUUCUGGAUUACAUUGUUAAUGAGCCGCCUCCUAAACUCCCCAUCGGUGUAUUUACACAAGACUUUCAAGAGUUUGUAAAUAAAUGCUUAUUCAAGAAUCCAGCUGACAGAGCAGACUUGAAACUACUUAUGAGCCACACAUUCAUUAAGCGGUCUGAAGAGGAGGAGGUGGAUUUCGCUGGCUGGUUGUGUAAAAUUAUGGGGCUGAACCAGCCCAGCACUCCAACGCGCACCGCUGUGUGAGGAACGAUCAACAUCCUUUUUUUUUCCUCCAUCCCCACCUUUUGCACAGCUCCUGUCCUUCUUUGCUGAUGUCUAUCAACCACUAUUGAUGUGACUGUGGCAUCAAUUGGGACUUUCCCUGCAUUCAGAAACUAAGUGAGGAGUUUUACAUCAAGGCAGCAUUGGCAGAUUCUUUUUAAAAAGCAUUGUCUUUCUUUAGCUGGUGAGUUAUUCUUUUGGGUGGCCAGUUUCCUCCCUUUUUAGUGUCAAUGCCAGUGAUGUUAAAGGUAUGGUGAUUAACAAGAGUGACUUGCUGGAAACCUGUCAGUUGAGAGAGGAUUUUUUGCUGCCGGUGAGUUCUGCUAGUUGUCAAAGUGCAGUGAUCAACUUCACAGAUCUGUCACGUUUCUGCCAUAGGUGCUCUGUGGGACAGUUAAACUUUGCUUUCCAGUUUAAGUAUGGAUAUUGGUUUUUGUUUUGUUCAAAAUACUUAACCAGAGUGAUGCCAUUUUCACAAAGGGAUGCAAAUUGAAGUGGCACAUUCAAAAUCAAAGUAAUGGCUAGGUUGCUUUUCCAGAUCAAGUCUGUAUAAGCCAAAUUUAUUCCAACUGUCCUUACACUUGACACUCCUGUGGAUACUUAAUUAAUUUAGUUUUAAACUGGGAAUAUCUUUAAAUUGACACUUUCAGCUUGUUGGUUCCUAUAGUCAUUCAUUCAGCCAGUAAUCAAGCCAUUGAGUAAUUAAACUCCCUGUUGUAUGUUUUUCUCAUAUCACUUCCAAGGACACAGUUGAAAGGAGCUGUGGUAAUGGGCUCCUGCAUAUUUUUUUAAAUGACUGAAGUGUCUGUUGAUGGAGCAAAUUUCUCAAAUGCAUGACUGGCCAUGGGUGGAUAAUUUGUUCAGUAAAAAUGUGCAUGCUGCAUCAGUCGAAGAUAUUACUUUAACUGUGUUUCUCUUUUACAUGUUUAAUAAGGAUGCCUUGUAGUUUUUAUCCCAAUGGAAUCAUUGCUAUUAUUCUGGCAGUUUAAAGUUUUGAACUAAGUGGCAGUUCACCAGAGUGACUAUUCUGCAGAUGUUUGUAGUGUUUUGAGAAAACCUUCUACAUUUAACCAACCUGCUAUACUAAUCAGUGACCAGCUGUGGGCAUUCAUUCUCCAUUAAGACAUCUGGAGAUCUAUAGGUGUUUCCAGGUAGGCCACAGAGUGAAUACAAUUACAAUUUCUUGGCAUAAUAAGAGUGUCUAAAUAAUGCAUUUGAAAGGGUAGGAGUGCCAGUCCUUGGGGUUAUAGAUGUGGUUGGUAAUUGCCGAGAGCGAAUAGGAGUGUCAGUCCCUUUACACCAUUAGUUUAGUUUUCAAAAUUGACUUCAAACAGACUUUGUUUAAUUUUGUGCUAACAUGGAAGUGUCAGGGUCACCCUGCAUAUUUCAUUGUUGUACUAUUCAGCACUUCUACCUACUUCUUUCAAAGAUUCCAGUAAUCUUGCAAACAUUAGAAUUAGUUUUAAGUGGCUAUGAAUUCACUUCCUCCUGACAAUUCUGAGGUGGCUGAAAGAUUAAUGCUGAGUUUCAAAUUGGAAUUUUGAUAUUUCUCAACAACAGAUUCACCCACUUUGCACAAUAAUUGAACAGAUGGUGCAUACCCUUUUGAAGUACUUGUAUGAAAGAGCAGCGGUAGAUUUGAUAGUGUUAAAAUGGUUAGAUAAGUUUAAAAUAAAUUUUCAAAGGAUUUGCAAUCGUGGAAACACAGUCAAGUAAAUUUUGGUUUUGUCCUCCUUUUUAAAGUGAUACUUGGUUCUCCUGACCAUUAGCCAUGUUCAAUUUGACAGCAGUCUGUGGGGGAAAUUGAGUUUUUAAAAUCAGCUAAAGGAAGACACUGUUUUUGCUUUUGAUCCAACCUGUUCUUCCUGAGUUGUAAAUUGUUUUGGCUUCCUAGUUUUUGUACAAAAAGCAAAAAAACAGUUUUACUUAUGUUUCUGUUCUUAAGUUUCUUCUUUAGUUCACUUUUUAAAAUUGCUUUUAUUUUGCUGCUUCACUGCAAGAUGUGGUUUGUAAGCUAGGAGUUUACUUCUGAAGAAUAGGGGUUUGAUCUUUGCAAGCACUGGCUUUCCAAAUAUUCUGUUACCAUUGCGGGUAAAAUGUGUACAACAUACUGUGACGUUCCCCUGACUUGCAGCAUUUAUUUCAGUCCCUAGUAGAGAAAACACUCUGCUGGUUUUCAGGCUUACUACGGUAAAUCCUCCUUCUAGUUUUAUGUACUGUAUUCAUCUGAAAUUUCCUCAAUGACACAAAAUCUAGUUUGUUUAUGAAGUAUAUGAUUCGCAAUUUAGUGCUGCUUAGAGUUGUGCACUUGUGGUGCUCAGUUUGAUUCAAGGAUAGUCUUGACUAUCGCUGUAGACCCAAUAGCUUGUUAAUUAACAAUUUUGCAGAUGCAAUAUAAUUGGCCAUGUAAUGACCAUUUCAGCCACUAAGCACUCCAAGGAGCCAGUCAACCAAUCAAAGCAAUGCGCACGAUUAUCACCAUUUACAGGAAGAAAGGUCAACUUGUAACACUGGCCAAGAAUUGUAUAUAUUGAAAAUUUGGAGCAAUGGGAGUGAUGUUGAUUGCCAAACCCAUUAGCUUUGGGAUAUUAUGCCUAAUGGAGUACACCUUCCACUGAGAAUGGUGCUUCACUAGUUUCAUUCUUUUAAUCAGAACACUUUACAUUUCAUAAUUCGGAAUCAUGUUAAUAUUCCAUUUUCAGCUUGGGCUGCAUGGAGUAAGUUGUGAAACAAAAAAUGCCAAGUUCUUACAACCUUCUUUCAGGUACUUCAAAGAAGAACUACUCUCAAAAUUACUUGUGUAGAUUUAGGGUUUUUUUAUUUCUGUCUCAUUUAAUGAUUUUCUGACUAAACUAUACAGCGGGCCAAGUGCUUCUGAGGCAAACUGCACCCUAAAUGCACUUCUCGGGGAAUAGGAUCCGUUUCAAAGUGCCUGGGGGAAAAUAAUGAACUUAAUUUAAGAAAUAUAAGUUUAAUCUACUGAGGUGUCGAAGGUAAAAGAAAAGCACUGUGAUUCGAAUAAUGGAGUUGAGUUUUGUGCUGGGACAUCAGUUCUUUGUGUUGUGCUCCUGUAUAGUUGUGUAUGGAUUGUACAUGCCUAUGCCUUUAAAUAAAAUACAUGUAAGCUGUUACUGUUAAGGCACUGGUGCAAAUUGGUGUAUGUCACUAUAUCAGGUUUAUGUUGUUGUGUCCAUGCACUUGUACCCUUUUUGUGAAGCCUGUGGGCAUCCUGUGCUACUGGAUGUGGUUAGCUCUUUUUAAAAAAAAAAAGUCUCACUUUGUGAUGUGUAAAAUAGAUUUGGCUUCUUACAAAAAAAAUCACCAGUAGCACGAGUUCUAUUCUGGUUGUUUUUACGCUUUUUUUCUUAAGAUUUUGCGAAGCAAAUGAUGUGGACUGAAUGUAUAAUUUAAUCAUUUGUUGCAAAAAAGUUAUUAAAACUGAAUUGACGAUU